AAAAACAAACAAGAAGAGUUCAACUGUGGCGAUUGCUACAUCAUAUACAGUACCCCCAAUCAAAUCAAAAAUCAAAAAAAGGAAAAAAUGGUGAGCAAAAAGAAGAACAAAAAGAGCGAUGGAAAUGAAGAAAACGAUGAUGGUGGUGUGGCAGAGUACGAACAGUCUCGAGAACAAAGAAUCAAAGCCAAUCUUCAAAGGAUGCAACAAUUGGGUAUUUUUGAUCUUUCUCGUACCCUUAAACCGAAACCGAUACCGAAACCCGUUCGUCCCCCGAAACCCUUGCCUCCUUCUUCUUCGGGCUCUCCCAGACGCUCCUCCAGGAUAAAGACAAUUCCCCCUGUUACUUAUACAGAAAACCGCAUUCCAAAAGAAAAAGUUGUCAAGGAAGUCAAAAUUGCAAUAGAGGAAGGUUCAAAACCAGAGAUUUAUACUGAAGAGCAUGAAAAGGUUUUAGGUGAUCACAAAGAAACCUGGACUCUAUUAGAGGAUGGGUUUGAUGGUGAGGGGAAUCGCAUGUACGAUGCAUAUGAUGGAAAGAGCUGCCAUCAAUGCAGGCAGAAAACGCUAGGUCUACGUACUAAAUGCUGCAAGUGUACGAGUGUUCGAGGGAAAUUCUGUGGUGAUUGCUUAUUCAUGAGAUAUGGAGAAAAUGUUAUUGAGGCAAAUGCGAACCCAGAUUGGGUUUGUCCUGUUUGUAGAGAUAUAUGCAACUGCAGUCGCUGUCGAAGAAUAAAAGGAUGGCAACCUACAGGAAAUCUCUAUAGGAAGGUAUUAAAACUUGGCUUCAAAUCAGUGGCUCAUUAUCUCAUUCAUACCCGUGGGCCUCAUGGAAAGCAAGACGAGAUAGAUAAUGAAAGCAACCUUUCAGAAACAGAUAAAGAAGGUGAGCUGCUGGAUGACAAUGUUGCUAAAUUGGACGAGGAUAGCAAACAUGUUCCUUCUGAAAAGAUUACCAAAGCUCAUGAUCAUGGUCAGCAAUCUAAAGGAGAUGAUGAUGAUGCUGAUCCAGACUAUAAAUCUGAUUCUCAUGAUGAUAAUGAUGACGGCGAUGAUGACAAUGAUGAUGAACAUUAUUCUAGUUAAGAUGGUUGGCGGCAGAUAUUAUCGUUUGAUAGUAAAAUGCUUAAUUUUUUGAUUGUGCUGAACUUUUGAGUUUCAAGUCCAAAAACUCAGGGAAGUAUAUAUUUGUUUCUAAAGGUGCCAUAAAAGGGCAAAAAUAGUUGGUGGUCUCUAGUAUAUAUUUGUUUCUAGUAUGGUUAGGUGCUCCUGUCUUUUGCUCCGGCCAUUUGUAGGUGGUCUCUUUUUAUUAAUGGAUAAGGGCUUCAUUCGCAAAA